AAGUAUAUACAUUCUCAAAUUGAUGUAUACAUACACUUUUCAGCAUUUCUAACUAAUGUAUUCUUAGUUUAAUUGUAAUGCAUACAUCUCUUGUCAAACAAAACAGCCCGUGACAACAACAGCCCGGUGUAUAUCUCUCUAUCUAUCUGUAUAAUAUCUGUAUAUCUGUAUAUCUCUAUAUGUAUCUGUGUGUAUAUGUAUGGAAUAUUGAAUUCCAUUUCAAUUAUAAUAUAAUCAGGUUGAAUCAGUGGAGCUUGCAUUGAAAAUACUCGAUGGUAUGUUAUAUACACCGAAUUAUGUGAUUCAUGUGGAACGUGCUAAAUUUCAACCAAAGGGUGAAUUUGAUCCAAAGAAACGUCGACGUUUAACAGUGAAAGAAAAGAAAAAAUUAAAAGAACAACAAGAAAAUCUAUUUCGAUGGAGUAUUGAUACGAGCAAAUUUGUUCGUGGCAAAAAAGAACGAGUGGUUAUUCUUAAAAAUGCAUUUAUUGAAUCUGAUUUUCAGCGUGAUGUCACUUUAAUUCCAAUUGUAAGAGAACGUUUACGUGUACAAUGUGCUAAAUGUGGUAUUAUUAAAAAGAUUGUUGUACAUGAUG